UGGCCAAAAGAGGGCAAAGAAGAGGAGGAUCAAGAUGAAGACGACAUCGAUUUUACCUCUGAGGCGCAAAUGCAGUCUGCUGAGCCGUGACAGUACGACGACGAUCGCUCUCUCGGAAACGAAUGCUUGCGGACGCUCGUAAGUGAAACGUAUGACGCCGAACAAAGUUUGAAACAACUGAUAAAGUGAGUGGUCGCUCUCGGUAUGGAGUGCCCCAAAACAGCACUCUGCCAUCGCCACCACAAUCUGGUUGGGAGCGCUCUGGGCCCGUUCCGCUUGGGGCGCCAGGGGCCCACGGGCAGACAGGCGACGCACAAGGAUCCACCAGCGAAUCAGGCAUCUGGAUCCCUCCUGCAGCUCAAGUCGAGGAACAAACACCUGCAUGGACACAAGCUUUGGGAGGACCAGGAGCGGUGCUGGACCCCUUCCCCUGGCGCGCGGAGGCAUCCAGGAGCGGUGCUGGAGGCGCCGCCGUGUGGGGAUGCCAGCGCCGACCAAGAAACCCGCGCUCGCCCCCGAAAGAUUCUGCUCGUGCAGAUCUGUGGUCCUCAGGGAGGUGCCAUCGGUGCGCGGCAAACGCUACCGCAGCCCGAGCACGGGGAAGCACCCGCUGGGAAGCGUACGACGUCUUUCGGCCUUGCGCGAAACGCGCUCGCGUGGCCCCCCUCGCGUGGCGGGGCGGCCCCAUCGGACGCCCGCCAAGAGGAAAAAAUGGUGCGGGGGGGCAUGAGGCAGGCGGCCGCCCCAGACAGCCUCGCCUUGAGAAUAAAAACGGUCUCAAUGUGACGCAAAGAGCCACGCGCAGUCGGCGCUGGGGUGGCGCAAAGCGCCACGCGCAGUCAGCGAGGCUCGAAGGCCGCGCGCGCGACUUUCGACAUACGCGGUUCGCGAGCGAGCGCUUGAAGGCCGUCCGCGCGGCCAACCCGCCGCCCGGCAGCUCUAGGGGCGCGGCCGCUGCCGCC